CUAAAUCAUGACGUUAUCAUCUUCUGUGCGGAUAAUUUUUUAUUUAAGUAUAUCACUAUAUUAUUGUUAUGCUAAAAAUAGUUCAAAUUUUCGUGUAGUACAAACGUCGCAAGGACCAGUUCGGGGUUAUCUGGACGCUAAUGGAGAAGUGUUUGAGUUUUUUGGUAUUCCAUAUGCCAAAGCACCCACAAACACUGAAAAAUUUAAGGCUCCUCUUCCUCCAGAUACAUGGGAUGACAUAUACGAGGCAAUCAAUAAUAAAAUAAUAUGCCCUCAACCAGAUUAUCAUAUGAACAUACCAGAUAAUGCUUUUAUUGUUGAGGAUUGCCUCGUUGCUAAUGUAUUUGUACCUAAUACCAAUAUUGAAAAUGCUCCCGUAUUAGUGAUAGUUCACGGAGGUGCUUUCAUUAUUGGCACUGGAAAUGGGUUAUCUUUUAAAAGAUUAAUGAAAACUGCGGAUAUGGUUGUCGUUACUUUCAAUUAUCGUCUUGGACCACAUGGAUUCUUGUGUUUGGGUACAGAGGACGUUCCCGGUAACGCUGGAAUGAAAGACCAAGUUGCUUUGUUACGUUGGGUACAGAAAAAUAUCAGAUAUUUUGGUGGGAAUCCAGAAGAUGUCACUCUGAGUGGUUUUAGUGCGGGUGCAUCGGCCGUUGAUUUAUUAAUUGUAUCUAACACUACACGUGGUUUAUUCACCAAAGCUAUUCUGGAAAGUGGAUCUAAUACUGCAGCGUUCAGCAUUCAAUCAGAUCCAAUAGAAAAAGCAAAAGAAUAUGCCAAGUUAUUAAACUUUACAAACGUUGAUGACAUUCAGGCAUUAGAGCAAUUUUAUAAAAAUGCAUCCCAUGAUACUUUAAUUUCAGCUGACGUUAUGUCCAGAUCAGACUCCACAUUUCUCAUAUCCCCAUGUGUUGAACGUGACAUAGGACAAGAAACGUUUCUUACUGAUAGCCCGGUGAAUAUUUUGAGAAGCGGUAAUUUUCAAAAAGUGCCGAUGUUAACCGGUUUCGCGAACAUGGAAGGAUUGUUUCGAAUGUUCAUAUUUGAUUUUUGGAAAAAUCAAAUGAAUGAAAAUUUUUCAGAUUUCCUUCCAGCUGAUUUACAAUUUCAAAAUAAGGAGCAGCGUCAAGAAGUUUCCGAGAGAAUAAAAUAUUUUUAUUUUGGAAACGAAACAGUGAGUGAAAAGACAGUUUUAAACUACGUCGACUAUUUUACUGAUGUUAUUUUUGCCUAUUCCAUCUUAAGGACGGCAGGUCUACAAGUAGCGGCGGGUAACGAUAAAAUAUAUCUGUACGAGUAUUCCUUUGUCGACGAAGACACUCCUUAUGUUCCAUACACAAAUGUGCGUGGUGCAGAUCAUUGCGCCCAAACGACGGCGGUAUUUGACGCAUUUGUAAAGGACGAAUUAACUCCUGAAUAUCGGGAAAUGAAGAGACAAAUCCGAAAAUUAUGGGCCAACUUUAUCACCACCGGAAUGCCCGUACCAAAUGCCACGGAGUUUCCAAGUUGGCCGGCAAUGGGUGACGACGCCGACGGCUCCCCAUACAUGGCUCUCAAUUUACCACUACAAUUAAAAGACUCAUUGCUAAAAGAACGAAGAUUGUUUUGGGACGACAUAUACGCUAAACACUAUCUUGAACCUAAAUCACCAUCCGCUCGAGGGAACGCAAAAUCCAACACGAUGCCUUUUAAUAUAUUUUUAUAUAUUUGUAUAGCAAGUGUCAUGAUUAAGGGAUCAUUUUAAUCUCAAUAAUAUAUUUUAGUUUUCUUGCCA